AGAGACAAAAAGAAUGGGAAAAAGUUUGAAGCUUCGGUUCUCCAGAGUUAUUGCUUCUUUCAAUUCCUGCCGUUCGAAAAACCCUUCUUCUCUUCCCCAAACUCCUAAUUUCUUCCCACAUAAGCUCACUAGUACAAAACACAUUUCCCCCGAUUUCCCUCUUAUUGAUCAAAAUCACCGUAAUUACGUGCCAGAAUCCACGAUGAUCUCCGUUGGCUGUAGAUCAGAGUUCAAGUGGGAGAAAGAAGAGAAGUUUCACGUGGUUUCUAGUUCCUUCGUGUCUGAAGAAGAAUGUGAAGAGGAGAUCAAUUUGGACUUACGACCUCCUCUUACACCUCCGCGAUUCAGUAGAAUUGUUGUUGAGAAGAAGAAGAAGAAACAACAGCGAGUUAAAAAAACGAAAACAAAAAGUAGAAUCAUCCGAAUGAGUACUUCCUCAGCUGAUGAGUACAGCGGGAUAUUAAGCGGUACUAAUACUGAUUGGGAUAAUAACGAAGAGGAAACUGAAACUUUAGUUUCAUCUUCCAGAAGCUGUUACGAUUUCUCAAGCGAUGACUCAUCUACUGAUUUCAACCCUCACUUAGAAACCAUAUGUGAGACCACUACAAUUAGGCGUCGUCACAAGAGAAAUGCCACCACCAAGAGGAGAUCACUCAAGCAAUCCAGACCAAGUUUCUCCUCUUCAAAAGGUAGAAGAUCGUCAGUUUCUACGUCAUCCGAUAGCGAGCUACCAGCAAGGUUAUCGGUGUUUAAGAAGCUGAUACCGUGUAGUGUGGAUGGGAAAGUGAAGGAGAGUUUCGCGAUAGUGAAGAAAUCUCAGGACCCGUACGAAGAUUUCAAGAGAUCGAUGAUGGAAAUGAUUUUAGAGAAGGAAAUGUUUGAGAAGAAUGAGCUGGAACAGCUUUUACAAUGUUUUCUGUCGUUGAACGGAAAGCAUUAUCAUGGAGUGAUAGUUGAGGCGUUCUCAGACAUUUGGGAGACUUUGUUUUUAGGUAAUAAUGAUAGAGUAAGGAGGAUGUCAAUUCAUGAUCCCACACCCACCUACUGUAGGUAGAAGAAGAACCUCCUUUGAUUAAUCAUGAUUUAGUUGUUAAUUAAUAAAUUUAACUUUUCUUUUUUAUGUGUUAAUCAUGAUUUAAUUGGAGUACGAUAUUUAACUGUU